AGCAUCUGAGAUCUCUACUUCAUACACAAGCAGCACACACACGCACAAAUACACACAGAUCAAAAUGGAUCGUUCAAUGCGUCUUGUUUCCGCUGCCUUGGUUCUUGCCCUGCUUUUGGUGGCUACCGAGAUGGGACCAAUGGCUGUCGAGGGAAGGAGCGCUAAGAAGGUUGAGUCAAAGAAGAGGACCUGCGAGAGUCAGAGCAAAAAAUUCAAGGGAAUUUGCUUCUUGACGAUCAACUGUGCCACGAGUUGUAAAACAGAGGGCUUCAAUGGAGGCCAAUGCCGUGGCUUCCGCCGUACAUGCUUCUGCUCCAAGGCAUGCUAAUUGAUUAUAAUGGAUCUAUCUGUGUGGGAG